AUGUCAGCUGCUGAAACUACUACUGCCACAAGCCCAGAAGAGGUGAAGGAAGCCAACCAAAACAACGUCGUAAGGACCAUUGUGGAUCCAGAGACAACAAUCUUCAUAGGUAAUGUGGCUCGCGAUUGUACAGAGGAGGACUUGAAAAACGUGUUCAGCGAAGAAGUGGAGGUGGAAAUCCCCUCUGCUAAGAGCGGCCGUUUCUUCAAGCAAAGAUAUGCUUUUGUAAAGUUUCCGUCAAAAAUCGACUUCGAGGCAAUCAAAGAGAAGUACGACAAGACGGUUGUGAAAGAAAGGGGCAUCUAUAUUAGACGCGCGCAGACGGAGGAGCAGAGAGACGAGAAGCGUAAGGCCAGAGCUGAAAAGCUCAAGAAAGGCUCUGACAAGGGUUUUGCCAGGAGGGCAAUCCCCGCUCCUCCCAGGAAGCUGGAAAAGGUCAAAGUACCAUUGGACAGCAUGGAGCGGUCUACAGACACUCUGUACGUGAACAACGUUCCUUACUACGCCACCAAAGAACAACUAGCGGAGUUUUUCGGCACAAAACCUGACCUUAUUGUACUUCCUUUGAGAAGAAUGCGCGACACCAAGACAAAGCGCUUUUUCUACUCAAAAAGGAUGAACAGAGGUAUUGCCUUUGUAACAUUCGAAAACUGUGAAGACAUUGCCAAGAAGGUCGAGGAAUUUCAAGGCAAAACGUUGAACGACAGAGAACUCGCUGUCGAUGUUGCAGCUUUGAAACCUGAGCACGAAGAGGAAUCUGAAGUCAAAGAGGAAUCUGAAGAGCAGAAGGAAGAAACUAAAGCGGCUCCUGCCGCUUGA